AUGACCGUUGCUGAUUAUGAUGCUAACCACUGGUUUCGAGAUAGAAAUGAUAGAUUUUACCCUGGUCAAGAAUUUAGCCUUGAAAUUGAUGAAAUCCUACAUAAAAAACGAUCGAAAUAUCAAGAUGUUCUUGUGUUCAAAAGUAAAACUUAUGGCAAUGUGCUUGUACUAGAUAACUGUAUUCAAUGCACAGAGCGUGAUGAAUUUGUUUAUCAAGAAAUGGCAGCCUUUCUACCUUUACUUGCACAUCCCUGUCCGAAACGGGUUCUAAUUAUCGGUGGAGGCGAUGGUGGUGUUCUUCGCGAAGUUAUCAAACAUCCACAAGUUGAAGAAGUUGUUCUCUGUGAAAUCGAUCAGUUGACAGAACCUAUUGAUGCAAAAUUAGUGGAUCAACUUGAUACUCGAUAUUAUACAAGUGAUAUACAUCGUGCUGCAUUUGCUCUGCCUGCUUUUAUUUGGAAGGUAAGUAGAUACAUAAAUAUAAGUAAAGCAGAAGAAAUAGGUUUUUGUCUUUCAUUCAUUCAUUAG